AUGGCAUCUACCUCCAAAGGAUUCCAGCCUCAAAAGUCGUUUGAUGAGCUACUGUCAUCCAUACCGCUAUUCGAUCAGUCAUCAUCGUCUUGUUCAUCCACACCAGCAUCCUUUAGAACCAACGAAAUAGCAGUAAAUGAUCCUGAAUUGUACAUGGGUGACGACUGCGAUGCAUCUUAUGAGGCAACAUUGCUGGAUUCAGGGCUGCUCGAUUGGCUCAGCAAAGAGGAUACCAUCGCAUUUCAUCAUUCUCCAUCACAAAAGAGACUUGAAAUGCUAUUGAUGCAUUUGUCUACUACAAAUGCUGAAGAGAUGAGCGACAGAAAAGGGAAGGGCAAAUUUAGUUAG